GUGUCUGUCACUUGUCAACAAGUCUUCCACCUCCACAGAGGAAUACAUCAAUUUUCAUUUCAUUGCACAAUAAAUCAACAUAAAUUCGUAAAUUCCGAUAUUUUUCAUUUAGUAGUAUUAAAAAGUUAGUAUCGGAAGACUUAACCAGCCAUGUCGUGUCCGUGGGCCAAAAUCGCAAACGUUGAACCUGUCAACUUACAAGACAUCAUGUCUGAAGAAGUGGCACGUGAAUUACAAGCAAAAGAAGACAAGAAAUAUGCCGAAAUGUUUGGUCCUCCAUCGAAACAAGACAACGCAAUCUCCUCUGAGGUGCUUAACUCACUUGAAGACGACACUUGUGAAUCAGAUGCUGCAAUAGCUCGAAUGCUCCAAAUGCAGUUUGACAAGGAAUACGACGAAAAUUUGAAACGCACAGAGGAGAAGUAUAACGGAGCUUCGAAAGUUUCAAUUUCAUUUGAAAAUUAUCGUCGGAUGCCCCACAAUUUCGACUUUGAAAGUGACUCUGAGGAAGAAGAAAUCGUCGAUAUUCGUGACCGACGCGACUGGGACCGUUUUGACACACUCCAAAGACAGUUUGAUUCAAUCCCCCCUUGUGGGUACAAAAUGCAAAACGGCAGCAUGGUCACCAAACACGAUGUUACAAUGAACGGCCGAAAAAACGCCUGUAAAUUACUGUCUUUCCCACCUGAUUUCCAGACCGGAGACGGGGAGAAUUUUGACUUGAAACUUUCCAAUAAAGUGUUCAACAGUUUGAAACGUCAUUCACAAAACGAAGAAUCUCGCAGACACAAAGUCCGCGAUAAAAAAGAAGAUCGCGCAACGCAAGAAUUCGGUCUCGACGAGUUCACACGUCUCCUCAUCUACAAAAUAAUCCAACAGGAAAUACUCGAUAACGUGAACGGUGUUGUUAGCAUUGGCAAAGAAGCGGUAAUUCUUCAUGCUGAUGCCAAUGCCAAUUAUACAGAACGCCCUCUUCCACCAGAAUGUGCGAUUAAAGUCUUCAAAACAACUCUGUCUGAGUUUAAACAACGAGAUAAAUACAUCAAAGACGAUCACAGAUUUAAAGGUCGCAUGGGGAAUCAGACAGCGAGGAAAACCGUUCACUUGUGGGCGGAGAAGGAAAUGCACAAUUUGAAACGAUUGAAAAAUGCGAAUAUUCCAUGUCCCGAAGUAGUAGUCUUGAAAAAGCACGUCCUUGUUAUGUCGUUUAUUGGAGAGAAUAAUAAACCGGCGCCUAAAUUAAAAGACGCGAUAAUGGACGAAGCCGAUUAUAUUAUAGCCUAUGACCAAGUUGUUGAGGCAAUGAAAACGCUUUUUACUGAAGCAGAGUUGAUUCAUGCUGACUUGUCUGAAUAUAAUAUUUUGUGGCAUCAAAGACAGUGCUAUUUUAUUGAUGUCAGUCAGGCGGUCUUGCCCUCCCAUGAAAAUGCGUUUUAUUUUCUUAUGAGGGAUUGCAACAACGUUAUAAAUUUUUUCACAAAGAAAAAAGUGCCCAAGGUUACAAGCUCAGAAGAACUGUUCAAAUCCAUAACAGGUUAUAACUAUAAUGAGAAAAAAGAUUUACUUCAGUUACAAGAAACGUUCAAAAUGAAACCUCAUCUCGUUGACAAACCAGGAAUUGAGCCUAUUUUUGAUUUUGAUAAAGGAUGGGAAAAAUCGAAACAAAAUUUGGAAACUGUAAAAUUAGUUGAAGCACCGUUAGCUUAGCUUAAUAAUUAAUUUAUUAAAAACUUGUUAAUUUUAUGUUAAAUAGACGAUUUAAAAAAAUAUUUUUGGCCAAAAAAAAUAUUGAUUUAUUAUGUUUGUUAUUCAAUCAAAAAAUAAACAGUAAAAUCUCGUA